AUGAUUCCGUUCGCGGUGAAUCUUUCACUGCUACGUUCUGCACCCCUUUAUGCUUUGACAUCAGCUGUUCUGCCUACAGAACAGUGGCGUCCUGCUGGAAGAGACAGAAAAGCGCACAUCCGUGGUAUGAUGGUGCUUUUAUUAAUUGUCGCGGGCCUCGGAGUGGUGUCGCUACUGGUGAUUUUAUUUGCACCACACAUAAGAAAGUAUGCAGCAGGAGGAGUAUGCAGUUCCACAACAAGUCUGGAAGGGAAGACAGUCCUCAUCACUGGGGCCAACACAGGGAUUGGGAAGGAGACGGCCCUGGACCUGGCAGUGCGAGGGGCGCGGGUGAUCAUGGCGUGCAGAGACGUGGACAAAGGCGAGGAGGCGGCGGCGAGUAUACGAGCCGCGUAUCCUCAAGCACAAGUGGAGGUCAGAGAGCUCGACUUGGCGGACACCUGCUCGAUACGAGCCUUCGCACAGCAGUUCCUGAGAGAGGUCAACCAUCUUCAUAUCCUCAUCAACAACGCCGGGGUGAUGAUGUGCCCCUACACAAAAACCAUUGACGGCUUUGAAAUGCACAUGGGAGUCAAUCACUUAGGGCACUUCCUGUUGACGUCGCUCCUCAUCGGGCUGCUGAAGCGCAGUGCGCCGGCCCGGAUCGUGGUGGUCUCAUCUCUGGCUCACAACUUCGGCUGGAUCCGUUUCCAUGACCUUCACAGCCAGGGGAGCUACAACAGCGGAUUAGCGUACUGCCAGAGCAAACUGGCAAAUGUGCUCUUUGCCAGAGAGUUGGCACGAAGACUCCAAGGUACCAAUGUGACAGUGAACUCAGUCCACCCGGGGACGGUGAACUCUGACCUGACCAGACACUCGACUCUCAUGACGAUAUUUUUCACAGUCUUCGCCAUGUUCCUAAAAACCCCACGGGAAGGAGCACAGACCAGCAUCUACUGUGCUGUGGCAGACGAGCUGCACUCAAUCUCUGGGAAACACUUCAGUGACUGCGCCCCGGCCUUUGUAGCCCCUCAGGGAAGAAGUGAGGAGACAGCGAGGAGACUGUGGGACGUCAGCUGUGAGCUUCUUGGCAUCGAGUGGGACUGAUUCAACUUUUAACCACAAUCUAUUUCAGUUCUCAAAGGAGACCUUAUUCUUUCUUUCUUUCAUCAUUCAUUUCAUUAUGGUUUUGAUGUUCCGUAACUUUGAGCGUUUCUUACCUAAUAAGCAGUCAGGUAAUACUGUGAGAGGUACUAUAAUGUGAAGUUGCUUUUUUGUGUAAUAAUGCAGUAAUUACAUUUUAAUAACUUGAGUAAUUUGGUGCUCCACAACAGCUCCUCAAACCAAAACCACUCAACUGUAUUAUCAUGUAACCACAAAUAACUUUUUGACUCUAUAUUUUUGUGACACAAUGUGAAUACAGUGUAGGCAAAAAAGCAACUUGAUGUAUUGUAAUGCUGUAGGAUACUGUGAAGGGUCAAGUCAGGGUAAAUGACCAGCAUCUUUAUCAAAUAUUGUGUUUUGUUUUUUUAAUUUCUCCAGAAUUUGCAGCUAAAUUGCUUGACUUUUGUGCCAGCGUUUCUAAACAAAUGCAGGGGU